UGACAUGCGAUGAGCUAUCGCCUUCUGGAGAGGGACGAAGCUCCUGAUCCGCUCUUACCUACCAGCUCGACCCCAACUAGGACGACGAAGACGCUUCCCAAAUGGGCUCGACUUCUCCCGCGUGGUCGGUCCAGAUCACGUUGGAUCAUCCUCGCUUUGACAGCGUUAUUCGUCCUUGCUGUAUUGAAUCACCGAGCUUUAGGGACAUGGCGUCGAGAUUUUGUCUACCUCAUCCGACCUCUUUGGGAUACACCUGAACCUCCGUUCCAUAUCAUUCCUCAUUAUGCUUCCCCUACAGCAGACGAUACGACCGGUUGGUGCGCCCUUCACGGAUGGACGCCAAGACCUACGGAUCCACGCACUGGUCACGGACAAGUCAAGAUUGUCGAUGCCGUCUUGUUAUCGUCUGAAUUGGAUAUGCUAGAGAUCAGGAUGAGAGAAUACUUGCCCUACGUCACGACCUUUGUCAUUGUCGAAGCGGAUCGCACGUUUUCCGGGGAACCAAAGCCUCUGUAUUUUGAUCAAAAUCGAUUCAACACCAUUAUCAAAGGUUGUCCAGGGACGACGAUAGAGUACCAUGUGAUCAGGGAUCUUCAGCCUGAUCAACCUGUCGGUUCGUUUGAUAACGAGAUCAAGAUGCGUCGAGCCGUCUCAGAAGUCCUGGCUUCGCUCGACUUGCCAGCUGGAUCUCUAGUCAUCCAAUCAGACGUCGACGAAAUCAUCUCUUGGCAAACGUUGGACCUCUUGACUACCUGCCAAGGUUUCCCUCAGACUCUACACCUCAACGUCAAGAAUUAUCGAUACGACUUCGCUCAUCCUAUCCCUGACGAAGGGUAUUGGCGACCUCACGUGUACACCACUCAGACCGAUCACGAAGGUGUAGGCUAUUAUCACGGGCGAGGGUCAAAUGAGCUCCUGGCUGGAGCUGGAUGGCAUUGUUCCUUCUGCUUUGCUACGCUGGAUGAGAUGAGAGCCAAGAUGAGAGGAUACAGUCAUAAUGAUAGGUUGAGAGAUCCUUCAUUACUCGAUACACUCAGGUCGAGGGUCUGCGAUGGUCGAGAUCCAUUCAACAUGUGGCCAGAAGCUUUCACAUUCAAAGACAUCUUUGCUCAAUCUGGAAGAUUGGCGAAAUCCCUCGUCUACACCGACACACCUAGCGCAGUGCAAGAGUUCCCUGAGCGAUUCGCGUACCUGCUGGAUAAGGGCUGCGAGCGACCAGAAUCCUAGAUCGGACAUGACGAUGCAUCAUGAUACAAUGGCG